AUGCUUAAGAUCCCGGCCAAUAUAAAACUAGCCGAUCCUCGGUUCCACAUUCCUCAACCGGUAGAUAUGUUGAUCGGAUCCGGGGCCACCUUAUCAUUGCUUUCAAUCGGCCAAAUCAAUUUGUCACGCGACAAUUGCGAUUUGGUUUUGCAAAAAACGCAAUUAGGUUGGGUAAUUGCUGGAGGUUCGAGCAGCGAAGAAGGGAGUUCUAUAGCUGCAUGUAACUUGGUUAAUUUAUCCGAACAAUUGGCCAGGUUCUGGAUAAUCGAGGAUGCGAACUCUAAAUCUUCGAGAACGUCAGAGGAAUCUUUGUGCGAAGCUCAUUACGUGAACGGUACGGUGCGCGACGCGAACGGCCGGUACGUGGUACGUUUGCCAUUUCGGAAUGGUGAUCGCGAUCUCGGCAACUCACGCUCUCAGGCUCUAAGGCGCUUCCAUUCUUUACGGCGAAGGUUGGAUUCGAACACCAAUUUGAAGGUCGAAUAUCACAAGGUGAUGCAGGAAUAUAUUGAUAUGGGUCACAUGUUUCUUAUUAGUAACGAAUCCGCCAAUGGUUACUAUAUGCCUCAUCAUGCCGUAACCAAGACUUCCAGUACCACCACCAAGGUACGCGUGGUGUUCGAUGCAUCAGCCAAAACAGACAAAGGCAUUUCUUUAAAUGACGCUUUGAUGGUCGGUCCGACCAUACAGCCUACUCUUUUUGAACAGCUUCUGCGCUUUCGCUCACAUGCAUACGUUUUGACGGCCGACAUCGAAAAGAUGUAUCGGCAGGUGUUAGUCCAUCCUGAGGACCGCCAAUUUCAACGUAUCUUUUGGUAUCAUAACCACGAAGUCAAGGUCUGGGAACUCAGUACUGUAACUUUUGGUGUGUACCUCUGCUUUUCUGGCAAUUCGCACGGUGUCGCAGCUCACAGACGAUGA